UAUGGCGGAGUCGGCCGGAGCCUCCUCCUUCUUCCUCCUUGUUGUUCUGCUUGCCGGCAGCGGCGGGUCCGGGCCCCGGGGGAUCCAGGCUCUGCUCUGUGCGUGCACCAGCUGCUUACAGGCCAACUACACGUGUGAGACAGAUGGGGCCUGCAUGGUUUCCAUUUUCAACCUGGAUGGGAUGGAGCACCACGUGCGCACCUGCAUCCCCAAAGUGGAGCUGGUCCCCGCUGGGAAGCCCUUCUACUGCCUGAGCUCCGAGGAUCUGCGCAACACGCACUGCUGCUACACUGACUUCUGCAACAAGAUCGACCUGAGGGUGCCCAGCGGUCACCUCAAGGAGCCGGAGCGCCCCUCCGUGUGGGGCCCUGUGGAGCUGGUGGGCAUCAUCGCCGGCCCUGUGUUCCUCCUGUUCCUCAUCAUCAUCAUUGUUUUCCUUGUCAUUAACUACCAUCAGCGCGUCUAUCACAACCGCCAGAGGCUGGACAUGGAGGACCCCUCGUGUGAGAUGUGUCUCUCCAAGGACAAGACGCUCCAGGAUCUCGUCUACGACCUCUCCACGUCGGGGUCUGGCUCAGGGUUACCCCUUUUUGUCCAGCGCACAGUGGCCCGAACCAUCGUUUUACAGGAGAUUAUUGGCAAGGGCCGGUUUGGAGAAGUGUGGCGCGGCCGCUGGAGGGGUGGUGAUGUGGCUGUGAAAAUAUUCUCUUCUCGUGAAGAGCGGUCUUGGUUCCGGGAAGCUGAGAUAUACCAGACAGUCAUGCUGCGCCAUGAAAACAUCCUUGGCUUUAUUGCUGCUGACAAUAAAGAUAACGGCACCUGGACACAGCUGUGGCUUGUCUCCGACUAUCAUGAGCACGGCUCGCUGUUUGACUAUCUAAACCGGUACACGGUGACCAUCGAGGGGAUGAUUAAGCUGGCCUUGUCUGCUGCGAGCGGCCUGGCACACCUGCACAUGGAGAUUGUGGGCACCCAAGGGAAGCCUGGAAUUGCUCAUCGAGACUUAAAGUCAAAGAACAUCUUGGUGAAGAAAAAUGGCAUGUGUGCCAUCGCAGACCUGGGCCUGGCUGUCCGUCACGAUGCAGUCACGGACACCAUUGACAUUGCCCCCAACCAGAGGGUGGGAACCAAACGAUACAUGGCCCCCGAAGUACUUGAUGAAACCAUCAACAUGAAGCACUUCGACUCGUUUAAGUGUGCUGAUAUCUAUGCCCUUGGGCUCGUGUACUGGGAGAUUGCUCGAAGAUGCAACUCUGGAGGAGUCCAUGAGGAAUAUCAGCUGCCAUAUUAUGACCUAGUGCCCUCUGACCCUUCCAUUGAGGAGAUGCGGAAGGUCGUAUGCGACCAGAAGCUCCGCCCCAACAUCCCCAACUGGUGGCAGAGUUAUGAGGCGCUGCGGGUGAUGGGGAAGAUGAUGCGGGAGUGCUGGUACGCCAACGGCGCAGCCCGCCUGACCGCGCUGCGCAUCAAGAAGACCCUCUCCCAGCUCAGCGUGCAGGAGGACGUGAAGAUCUAGCUGCCCCUCCCCACACGCUGCCGGGCAGCGGGACCUACAGCCGAGCUGCCGUGUUGAGCGUCCGAUGGAGGCCUACCUCUCGUUUCUGCCCA